GUUAAGCUGUUCAGAAGAAGUAUACAAUGAAGUUUCUUUUGUUGAUACUAGCUCUGCAGGUCACUGCUUCUGGAACUGCUCCACUGACUAACUAUCCAAGCCUUGAAGAAAAUGACGUGGCAUUUGCUCAAAGAUAUUUGGCAAACUUUUAUGGCCUCGAGAUGGAAACAACUCCAAUGACAAAAAUGAAAGUCAACAGGAACACCAUGGAGAAUAAAAUUCAGGAAAUGCAGAAGUUCUUUGGGCUAAAAGUGACUGGGCAACUGGACACAUCUACUCUGGACAUGAUGCACAGACCUCGAUGUGGAGUGCCGGAUGUUGAAAAUUAUCAGCUAUUUCCAGGGCGGCCGGUCUGGAAGAAACGUCUUAUCACCUACAGAAUCAACAAUUACACCCCAGACUUGAAGCCUGAGGAUGUUGAUGAUGCCUUCCAGAAAGCUUUUCAAGUAUGGAGUGAUGUGACCCCCCUGAAAUUCAGACAGAUUCAUGAAAACGAGGCUGACAUCAUGAUACAAUUUGCACUUCGAGAACAUAGAGACGCCUAUCCUUUUGAUGGCCCGUGGGGAAUCCUAGCCCAUGCUUUUGCUCCUGGAGCUGGUCUUGGAGGAGAUGCACAUUUUGAUGAGGCUGAAACCUGGACUAAAGGACGCAAAGGCCCAAACUUGUUCCUAGUUGCUGUUCAUGAGAUUGGCCAUUCCUUGGGUCUUGGCCAUUCCAGCGAUACGAGUGCCAUAAUGUUUCCCAGCUACAGACAUAUUGACUACAAGAUAUUUCACCUCUCUGCUGAUGACAUACACGGCAUUCAGUCUCUCUAUGGACGUCCAGAAAAACACCAAGUUCCAUCAAAUCCUAGCAGUACAAACCCAGCUGCUUGUGACCCCAAUAUGAGUUUUGAUGCUGUUACUACAGUGGGAGAUAAAAUUUUUUUCUUUAAAGACAGGUUCUUCUGGUGGAAGCUUGCUGAGAGUCCAAAAAGCAGCAUUACUUCAAUUUCUUCUUUAGGUCCAAACCUACCAUCCCACAUUCAAGCUGCUUAUGAAAUUGCAGACAGAAGUCACGUUUUUCUUUUUAAAGAUGACAAGUACUGGUUAAUGAACAAUUUGAAACCACAGUUAAACUAUCCCAAGAGCAUACAUUCUUUGGGCUUCCCCUCCUCAGUGAAAAAAAUUGAUGCAGCUGUUUUUAACCCACUUUUCUAUAAGACCUACUUCUUUGUAGGUAACAAGUUUUGGAGAUAUGACGAGAGGAGACAAUUCAUGGACCCUGGUUAUCCCAAGUUGAUUACUACCUACUUCCCAGGAAUUGGCCCGAAAAUUGAUGCAGUCUUCUAUUACAACAGACACUACUAUUUCUUCCAAGGAUCUAAACUACGUAAAUAUCAUGUCCUAGCCCAACGUGUCAUUGAAAGUCUGAAAAGCAGUACUGUGCUAGGUUGUUAGUAGUGAUAUAAUUACUGGUGUUUGCCAGUUCACUUCAGUUUAAAAAGUAUUUAUUACAUACUUGCUAUGUGCCCAGUACCAUGAUAUGGAGAUAUGUUAUCAUAAGGUAAAAUCUAUGGACCAUAGAUAAAUGACUAUAAGUAAGUGAUUAUAUAAUAUAUAUAAGAUUCUUUGAUUUUGAAAAUGCUCAUUGUCAGAGAUGCCUUCAAAGGCCAAAAGAAUAUCUUGGUUCCUAAUAUCCUUGAACUGACCAAUUUUAAUUAUUUCUUUGGCUUAACUAAGUCAAGAAAUGAUUAGUCUCUGUAACCACUGUAUGUUUCAGCAAGGGUAUUAUUUUAAUUAUUUGGGGCUAAAGGCAGAAGGAGAAGAGGGCAACAGAGGAUGAGAUAGUUGGAUGGCCUCAGUGAUUCAAUAGACAUGUAUUGG